GUGUGGUCCGAGCCAUCUUUUCACACUCGGGCAGAGUUUGUCCUGCAGACCGCCAACACCUGCCUCCAACUUUAUGAGAAGUAUUUUCAGACGCGCUACCCGCUUCCUAAGCUAGAUAUCGUAAUAACGCCGGCCGGAGGGGAGCCAUGUGAAAGCGAGGGCAUCGUGUUCCUCCCUAGUUCACACAUGACGCGUUCCAACCUUUCCUUGGAUGCGAGGAAGCAGGCCGAGUCGAGCAUUUACAGACACGUUUUAAAGCAAUGGAUUGGCGGCCUCGUCAGCUUCCAUACCUGGAGAGAACUGUGGCUGGAUGCGGCCCUGGAGGCUUACAUACUCUACGCGCUAGCCAGAAUGCGAAAACACCAAGUCCGCCGAGGAGGACGACAGGUUUGAAAUAAAGAUGCAACAGAUGCUCAGUCUGGAAGCAUCUCAAGACAUCCCUGCUCUCUCCAGAGAAAAUUCCUUGCUGGACACCGAUGCAAGCUUACCUGUGCGCAAGGGAGAACUGCUACUCCACAUGUUUGACAGUGCUGUCGGUUCCAAUGGCAUUCGGAACGCCCUGCAGGAGUUGAUGGUGAAACGGAAGCACCAAACUAUUACUGAGCAGGAUCUGUGGAAGGAACUUUCCAAUGUGAACAACGAGAGCUUUCCUGGUGCCCACUUGGCCCACGCGUGGACCCACAGUGCCGGAUUUCCGUUGCUGACGAUCAGCCGAGCCUACGGCCAGAGGGUCGCGGUCGCACGCCAAGAGAGAUACGGACAAAAUGCAUCGCAAACUGUGUGGAGUAUCCCGGUAACCUACACUGACGGAACAAAGAUGGACUUUGACAACACGGGCAGCAUUUUUUGGCUGACGACCAAAGAAGCCAAGCUUCCUAGUGCUCCAAAAGAUGACGACUGGCUGAUUGCGAACCUGCGUGGCUGUGGUUACUACCGAGUCAAUUACGACCCCAGGAACUGGAACCUCAUUACCAUGGAGCUGAACACAUACCACACGAAUAUUGACGUUGUCAACCGGGCCCGGAUAAUUGACGACGUCUUCGAGUUGGCUGACCUCGGCAUUGUCCCGUAUGGCACGGCUCUCCAUGCGUCCGAGUACCUGCGGCGGGAGAAGGAGACCCUGCCGUGGACGACGGUGCUCAAGCGCUGGGAGUACCUCGAGGCUAUGCUCGGCACCGGAGUGGUGCUCGAGAAGUGGAAGCUCUUCAUUAUUCGGAUUCUGAUUCAUCACAUCCACAGCUUCAAAUGGUCUUACACGCAAGAAGAUAACGACAAAAGGCAGCUGAGGAUAAUACACUACGCGUGGUCCUGCAGAUACAAGUACGGGCCGUGCCUCAUUGAGGCGAGGCACGCCUUCGAGACUUACAAGUCGUCCCAGCCGACUUCCGAAGCCGUGGAUCUUUAG